AUAUUCCUGGUGACAUAAUCGUUUCCCUAAUUCACACUUCCCCUUCCCUUCUCCUUCCUACCCAAUUCUCCUCUUCAUCUUUCUUUUUCAUAGUUUCAGUCCUCGACUCGUUGGCUACUCUCUCUCUCUCUCUCUCUCUCUCGUUAGGGUUUAGGGUUCAUGGCUGCUUGAAUAGAGAUGAAUGCUCCAUUACCUGCUUUACUUCGAAGAGCUUCCACGGUACAUUACCUGAGCUUCUCUGAUUCGUAUUUAAUUCUCUCAGAUUUGGAAAGUAUUUUAAAUCUAAAUUGGUUCUGAAAAAGGAAAGUGAAAUGGAUAACUUGACAAAUGGCAAAAGAUGGCGGUUGAAGCUUUAGUAGAAGAGUCUGUUCGUUUUGGAUUUUUUGGAGAUCAUCAUCGUUUGGAGUAUUAAGGAAAUCAGGAUCGGUUGACACUUGAUGAUGGAAGAAUCGGUGGAGAAUGGAGUCAAUAGGCCUCCUUCUCUUGCUCCCUUUCUUACUAAAUGCUAUGAUAUGGUCGAAGAUCCAGCUACUGAUUCCAUCGUUUCAUGGAGUUCAUCUAAUGAUAGCUUCAUUAUUUGGGAUAUGACUGCGUUUUCUAAGGAAUUGCUUCCCAAAUACUUCAAGCAUAGCAAUUUCUCUAGCUUCGUCAGGCAACUUAAUACAUAUGGUUUCAGGAAAGCUGAUCCAGAUCGCUGGGAAUUUGUAAACGAGGGCUUUAUUAAAGGGCAGAAGCAUUUACUGAGGACUAUUACCCGGAAGAAACACUCUCAUGGCCUUGUUCAGCAGAAGCAGCCCCGACAGAAGAACACUUCAGUUGGAGCAUGUGUUGAAGUUGGAAAAUUUGGGCUUCAUGAAGAAGUUGAGAGUCUCAAGAGAGACAAGAACGUGCUCAUGCAAGAGUUGGUUAAGGUCAGGCAGCACCAGCAAACUGCAGAGGCUAGACUCCUUUGCUUGACAAAACGCCUUCAAGGGAUGGAGAAGGGACAGCAACAGAUGUUGUCUUUCUUGGCAAUGGCAAUGCAGAAUCCUGGUUUUUUGUCUCAGUUAUUUCAACAAAAUGAGAACUGGCGCAUGGCUGACACAAGCAAGAAGAGACGUCACCCCACACUAGAACAAGGUGCUGAAGACGAUGAACCUGUAGCUUCUGAUGGGCAGAUAGUGAUGUACCAGCCACCAAGGAAUGAGAACACAAAUACCGUUUUCAUGCCAAUCUUGGAUUCAAAUGUGUCUCGGGAUUUCGAAAACGGAGCAAAUGAGAUCUUCAUGAAUAUGGAUUUCAUGCCUUCACCAAUGGAAAAAGACUUGCUGUCUACAGAAAAUGGUGACCCAUUUAUCAUCUCAGAUUUACUAGAUGAUGAUCAAAUGUUGGAGCAGCUUCUACUAGCUGGUCCAUUCUUGGAGAAUGUUGAAGAGACCGAGUCAAGUAUUCUCGAUUCCAUGGACACUGGGAUGGAAGUAGAAUCAACAGAAAAUAAAACCAGUUCAGAGAUGAUGCAGUUGGAAUCAACUGUACUUGAUAACAGUUCAGAGACAUCACAGAAGUUGGACAUCGUAACGGAACAAAUGGAGCUUCUACCAUCUGAAACUAACAGCAGACAAGAGGUUUCUGCCACUUAUAAGUAGAAGGCAUGUUCCAGAUUCUUCCGAACCAGUCAUUUUCCUUCAGUUCUAUCAGCAUUAUAUUGUUCUUAAUAUUUUUGUAUUAAGAGUCGGUACAAGAAAAGAAUAUAAUAUAAUCUUUUGUUGAAUGAACUAUCAA